AUGAAUGGAGAAAUAAAAGUUGAAUCAUCAAAAGAUUUUGGAUUUUUAUCAAUAUUUGGAGAGUUUGAUAAUUCUUAUAACAAAAAAUUAAAACCUUAUAUAAGUGAUACAGAGUUUAAAUCGAUUAUAGAAGAAUUAAAUGAAAAAUUUAGCAAACCCAAAUAUUAUUUAUUGGGUCUUUAUUUGCUAACAAUCGCAGGUGCAGCAAUGAUGAUAUAUACAUUUGCAACAUUUGCAAAAUUUGAAUCUUUUGGUUUUGGAUCAACUCCAUUUAUAUUUUUUGGUGGUUUCUUUUUAAUAGCAAUGGGCCCAGUAUCUCACGUCAUAACUCGAAAUUUUUUGAAGAGUAGAGUUGCAAAUAAAGUUGAAGCAGAAAUAGAAGAGAUUAGCAGUAAAUUUGAAAAAAGAGGUAUUACAUGGGAACUUUUAAGAGAGGAGUAUGAAGAAUAUGUAAAUAUUCAAAGAUAUACACCUCCAGGUGAAAAUAGACCAUCUGAACCUUCUCUAUCACUUGUAACAAAACAUAGUUAUUCAAUUUUAAUAACAUAUACCAUUGCUCAAUUUAAUAAUAAUAAUAAUAAUAAUAAUAAUAUUAAUAAUAAUAAUGAUUAUGGUUACAAUAAUAAUAACGGUAGUGGUGGGGUUAUGGAGAAUGAUAAUACAUAUUUGUUUGAAAAUAAUGGCAAUAAUAAUAAUAAUAAUCAAAAUAACACAAAUGUAGGUGACACUGAGGAGGUUGAUCAUAUACCACGUACUGGUGGAUUUUCAUAUGCAUACCAACAAAAACAACAAUUACCCAAAGAAUUAGUUCACCAUAUUUAUAAUAAUCAUCAACAACAACAAGUAAUGAGACAAAAUCAAUUGGUUCAACAACAGUUUAUUUUAAAUAAUCUAUAUCAACAACAACAGAAACAAAUCUAUGACCAGCAGCAGCAACAGCAACAACACCAGCAACAAAUGUAUCAACAACGAAUGUAUCUACAAAUGCAACAACAACAAGUGCAACAAAUGCAAAAAAUGCAACAACAAGAACAGCAACAAAGAAUGCCAUCUCAACAUCCCUCUUCUAACCCUUUGAACAGUUUUAGUAGUCAUGAUAACGAGAUUCUAAAUAAUAAUACAAAUAAUAGUAAUAAUAAUAAUAAUAAUAAUAAUAAUAGUAUUAAUAAUAAUAUUAAUAAUAAUAAUAAUCAAAACAUAAAUCAAAAUUUUAACAAUAGCAACAAUGGUAGGGGCUUUACUAAUGACAACAAUGGGGGUUAUUAUAGUAAUCGAAAUAUAAAUCAAAAUAGUAAUGGUGGUAACAAUGGUACCAAUCCAAAUAGUAUUUCAAAUAACAAUUAUAGUAAUAGUAAUAAUAAUAAUAGUAGUAAUAUUAGAAAUAUGAAUGAAAACUAUAGAGGAGUGGUUCCAUUUACAGACUCUUCAUCCGAUAUAGCCAGAAUGGAUAUGGCAAGUGUUAAUAGUGGCCCAGGACCAACAUUUUUAGAUGAUGAAGAUGACUCUCAAAUAGCUACUUUUGAUUAA